AGUCCUUUCGUGGCAUACCUCACGUGUUACACCUAACCUUAUUUUCAUAGUCGGCGGGAAGAGUGCACGCUUUACACGUUAAAAUGUACCCUUAUUUUCCAAAACAUAUGCAACCAUCGGAAAGUGCUUAUGCAGAACUUAUCUGUCGCGAGUCGGAAUACGCGACCCGGUUCUAAGAGAGCCGGACUUCAUUGAGCUUCGACCGCGGCCGAGGCUAGAAGCUUUGCCUUUUUCUACGUGGGAAGCUGUUGGUGGGCUCAUCGGGCCCACCCUCUCAUCGGUCAAGCUGGCGAGCGCUCUAACCGCUGGUAUGAACCCCCACCACCCGGGCCACUCUGCAGCCUACCCGCAUCAUCCCUCGCUCUCGAGCAGUCCCCAUCAUUCCGGGCCCCACCACGGCUACAGCACCGGCGGCGGGGGCGGCGGGGGUGGCGGCGGCGGCACCACCACCACACCGGACCUGCCGAGUCCCCACUCGCCGCCGCACGGACCCGGAAUCGAUCCGGCAACCCCCUACGCCUCCAUGCAGCCCGGACAAGGCAUGGGCAGCAAUGGGCACCAUCACGGCGGCGCUGGUAUGAUGACCGAUCAUCCCCAUCACCAGGGACACCCGCACCCACACUUACCCGGACACCCUGCUUAUCCACCGGUUAAUCACAACAACAACUGUACGCUCAAGCAAGAAGGUGGUCCAAGCGGACUGACGGGAAUCCAGCAGUGCGCCGGUUGCGGCGGCCAAAUAGUAGAAAGAUGGCUCCUGUUCGCGAUGGAUCGGUAUUGGCACAACGGCUGCUUGAAAUGCUCGUAUUGCAGCGCAGCACUGGCGGAAAUCGGCCACUCGUGCUACACCAGGAGCGGCAUGAUUCUCUGCAAAAGCGACUACAGAAGAAUGUUCGGAAGCAGCGGUGCCUGCGCGGGCUGCAGCAACGCGAUACCUGCCAGCGAGCUGGUGAUGAGGGCGGGUGGAUCAGUGUUUCACCAGAAAUGCUUCACCUGCAGCAAAUGCGGCAGUCAACUCGUUUCCGGCGAUAGGUACUACCUGCUGUCGGGGUCACCGGUCUGCGAGACGGAUUGGCACAAAAUCGUAAAGUCGUCGAGCGUGGCGGCGGCGGCGGCGGCCGCCGCGGCCGGAAACGGCGGUGCCCCCGUAAGAAAAGGUAAGCCAACGCCCGCCGUCGUGCCGAGCCAGGUCGACGUGGUGGACGUGGCGGUCGGAGGGGAUCCCUAUUCGCCGCCUCCGCCGGGUCAUCAGCAGUACCACCAUCAUCACCACCACCAUCACCAUCAUCAUCAGAUGGGCCUCGUGCAUCCUGGACUGGCGGUACAGCAGACGCACCUGCAGGCGUCCACCUAUCAGGACUGGUCUCCGUGGGCCCAGGACACCUGCGACUGAACGCGUCCCCGUUUGCAGCUCGAGAUCGGCCUCCGCCACCUUAGAGAGCCGAGGGCGGUCAGCUCACCUGAAUAAUGAGGAACCCCGAGAUCUCGAGCAGGGGCCUCCGGUCUCUCCACCCUCUCUCUCGCCAGAGAGCGUCUAGCGAUCCCGCACCGAGUCCAGUCGCGUCGGUGGACGCGCCGACGCCUGUGAUGGCCCCCAUAAGUCGGACUCGACUGUACCCCUAUGUCCUCUGGGUCUCGAGGACCGAGGAUUGUUGGUGAACCUCUUCGUUGCCACGCGACACGAACUCCCGCGGGACUAGGCCCCGUCGUCGUCGUCGUCGUCGCAGCACGGAGAGACGAACUGUUUUCUGUGCGCGCGUGUUUGUCGUCGAUAUCCACGAUCCAGGACCUCUAACCGGCUGUUUGGCUGUGCAGAGCAGCGGCACGCGCGCACCAACGCUGUCACGCGUCCUUCACUGGUCUCCCCUUAAUCGAUAAUCUUUGCUCAAAUCACGGAGAACCGAAGACAAUUCAAAGUGUCCCGAUGCACCAGCUGCGCGUUGUUGACCCCCGUCCCUUCGGCCUCGCUCUGCUUUUAUCUGCGACGACAGUUUGCCCGAGGCUCUACCACCGAUUCUUUCACGUUCGUCUUGGCUCCGUCGAUCCGCCGGUCCUGUUAAUCCGCGAGUUAGACAACCACGGCCGCCGCUCUCGCCUGAUUUCCAAUCGGCGAACAGCGACGAUGCUAAAUGGUCCGAGUAAUUUCGAGGGUCCCGCCACCUUUAUCCGCAUCUUUUUGAACUAUUCGUUCCUGUCGCUAAUGUAUCAAGUCCACGGUCUAGUAAGUUCUCUUCGUGUUCUGCAAAUUAACCUUGGCCCGCGUUGGCCGAGCACUUCAAAGGCGCCGUCUAGACCUCUCGCUGUAUCAAGAUCGUCGAGUCUAGAUAGACUCUGGCCUAGCUAAACCCUUUGAAAUACGUUAAGAAAGAUUGUCCGAGGGACCCGAGAGCAUCGUCAUCAACCGAAACCUGAUAGAGACCGCUGCACCGAGCGAAGGAAACUUGACGAGAGGGCGAAGUCGCUGGUCAGACAAACGGUACUCCCGGGAUUUCCUCUGGACCGGACCGCGUCACGUCCACCGCGCGAAGCGGCGUCGAGAAGUAGCGAGAUCGGCGGACGCCGGAGCCACCGAAAAACUUGUCACGUAUGAAGCAGGAAAAUUGCGCGGGCCGAGGUCGGGUAAUUCCGCCGAUUGAAGCGGUGGCCCGGCCGUGUCCCGGCCCUUAGAAAAUUAUUUUUCUUUGAAAAUUACCGAUCCCUUCGAGUCGCGCCGCUCCGCGCCGGGAAGAGGGUCCACGGCUCUCCGUAAACUCAUUAAGCGCUCCUUGUUCCCGCGAUCGUUAAUCGAGUCUCGCGCGCCGCGGAAUAAAAAGCCAGCGCCGAGGUGAAACCGUCGAACGAGAGAAAUUAUCAUUCGAAUCUUCCUUGUUAACGGCCCGCGGCCCCCUCUUCCCCUGCUGCGACGAGAAACCGAUCGGAGGAGCUCGCGAACCUACGCGCCGCAGUCGCGCGUUUGACGAUGUUUGAAAGCAAGCUGACGGCACCCGACGAUCGUCCCGCGGGAUCUGUCGUCGACCGCAGAUCCAACAAUCAUUUUCGAACCUUCGAGUCCCAUACUGCACGCUGUUUGGCGCUGCUCGACCUUGUUGGACGUUGUUUGGAAGCAAACACAGACGGCCUGGACGAUCGUGCUCUGGUGGAUCUGUCGUCGAUCACGGACCCACAAAUUCAUUCUCCAACAACUUCCGACAUUGUACGGCCACGCUGUGUGACAGUGUUUAAAACGGUGUUUGACGGUGUUUGGAAGCCAACUGAUUUUCUGUCGCUAUUGUUGAUUUGAACAGCUCGAGAGAGGACUGUGUUUGCUGUUCUAGAGGGUACAAACGAAAUGAA